AUGGAGAAUGUGCCAUUUACCAAAAGAGCUCCGCGGAAUUUGUGUGGCAAGAUAAGCCGGGAGCAAGCAGAAGAUGAUGUUAGGAAAACAAUGGAAGUGUUUCAUGAUCUGUGCUCAAAGGAUCCUCAAUUCACGUAUCGAGUUCAGGCGGACAAAGAGGGCAGGAUCAGCAACUUGAUGUGGGCUACAGGGAACAGUAGGCUCCAGUACAACUUCUUUGGGGAUGUCAUUACAUUUGACACAACCUAUAGGACCAACCUGUAUGACAUGCCAUUUGGGUUAUUUGUUGGAGUGAACAACCAUUUCCAGAGUAUCAUACUAGCUGAUCAAAACAAGGCGAUGGAGGUUGCCAUAAGUAAUGUCAUGCCAAACACGGCUCACCGGUGGUGCAAGUGGCAUGUGCUAAAGAAGGCAAAAGAGUCGAUUAGCCCAUUGUACACAAAGAAGAGUGAUUUUCAACCAGAGUUUCACAAGGUUGUCAACCACAUGCUAACCAUAGAUGAGUUUGAGGAUGGCUGGAAGUACUUAAUAGACAAAUACAACUUGAAAAGUCAUGACUACAUGACUAAUUUGUUUGAAAUACGGCACAAAUGGGCAAAGCCCUACUUCAAGGGGGUGUUCUGUGCAAAAAUGACUAGUACACAACGGAGUGAAAGCGCAAAUCACAUGCUAAAGAACUACGUGCCGCCUGGUUGCCCUAUGCAUGUUUUUGUGAGGAAGUAUAUGAGUUUAAUUUUUGACCGUGAGUCAGAAGAAAAUUAUGAGGAAAAGCGGACAGCAAUUGGGAGGCCACUUAUGCGAGCAAAUAUGGCAACUGAGAGACACGCUGGGAAGAUUUACACAAGAGAUAUGUUCGAGCAGUUUGGCCAUAUACUGUAUGAGUGUGGUGCAUAUCAGGUAGAAGAAAAAGAAAAAGGGAAAGAGUAUAUCGCAAUACAUACAGAUGCUGCACGGCGGGAGAAGUGGUGCAGAACCUCAUACAAGGUGACGGUGAUUGAAGGUGGAGAUGAAUUUGAUUGCGAGUGCGGACAGUUUGCCCACAUGGGGCUGUUGUGCAGCCAUAUACUGAAGGUAAUGGACUUCAUUCGUGUGACAGAAAUCCCAAAGAAGCACAUUGUGAAAAGGUGGACACGAGAUGCGAGAGAUGUGCUUCCAGCCCACCUGAUGCAGUACCAGAGAGACAACGCUCAGGAAAACCCAUUUAGUUUUAGGCAUUUCAAUCUGUACAAGCAAGCCAUGGAGCUUGUACGCAUGGGAGACUCAAGUGUGGCAGCUUACGACCGCUUGACAUCACUAUUCAAUCACUGUGCAGCCGAGAUGAAGCCGUACACGGAUGUCAGAGAUGGCCUAGGUUUGGAGGACAGGUUAGCCGGCAAUGGUACUGUUCAGAAAAUGUUACAAUCAGGAGGCGACGUAUGCAAUCCGUUCGAAGCUACACAAGUCGACGACGGAAACGAUGACAGCAACUCGUCUAAUGAGUCUGCAAAUAGGAUCGAGAACCUGCUGGCACCUGCCAGACGGAAGCAAGUUGGGAGGCCGACAAUGAGUAAGGAGAAGGCGCCAUAG